GGGGGCCAAUGCCAAGAAGUGUGGUGGACAUUUCAUUUAGACAGCCUUACCAAUCCGACAGGCCGAGAGAGGUACGGAGUAUUUACCAUGAGGGUUCCUCGGGACGGCCCCGUCCUUUUUUUUUUCUGUUGGUGCCCACGGCUUCUUGCAUCUUGAUCUCUUGGGGGACUUGUCUUUUUUUGCUUUUUUAGCCCCAAGGCCCGUCGUCAACCCGGGGAUCCGACGGGAACCUGCAUUGUUCUUUUGUCAGCGGCGACGUGACUGGGAGACGAGUCAAAGUAAUAGUCUCCACUCGACGACAGCAGGCCAACAUGGCUCUCCUUGCCGUGCUCGCCCUCGCGCUUGGCUUGUUCUGUCGCCUCGGCGUCCAGCAGGAGAUAGACACGACGUACACGCAGGGCAAGAAUGGCGUGUUUUGGAUAUUUCCCACCGAGUUCCAGACCUUUAACACGCUCGACGUCGUCAACGUGACGUGGCGAUCGCCGUUCAAGAACCCCAAGCUCUUUACCUUUUGCAUCGACAAUGAUGUUGUCAAGCAACAAAAGGCGACGAAUGCAAACGACGCCGGCGACGGCUGGCUCCUGGUGAAGCUCGACUUUACCGCGACCGUGUCGUGCUGGUUCAACCUGCGACCGGGCGACGACGCCCAGGGCGGCGCCAACAGCCCACGCUGGGGCCUCCGGGACACUCCGAGGCCGCAGCUGACCACGAUCGGCAUCACGCCUACGCCCGAGCCGACCACCGGCGCCCCGUCGUCCACCUCGGCGUCGACGCUCUCGACGACCACGACGACCAGCGCGUCGCCCAGCUCCACCGCCCCGAGCGGCACCACCCCUGCAGGAGGCACGGCCGAGGGCGCCUCGGGAGGCGCAACCACCGACGGCGGCAGCGGCGGCGGCAGCAGCAGCAGCUCGGACGGCCUGUCGGUGGGCGCCAAGGCGGGCAUCGGCAUCGGCGCAGCGAUCGGGGCCAUAGGGCUGCUCGUCGUGGCAUUCUUCCUGGGCCGGCGGUCGUCGAAGCGCGGCCCCGACGCCGACGCCAGCCCGUCGAGCCAGCCGAGCGAGCUGCACACUAACACGCCCUCGGUGGCGCCGGCGCAACCGGCCACGGCCUACGGGGACGGGUGGACGCCGACGUACGAGGCCGAGUCCAAGACGCCCGUGACCUCGACUGGGUACUACCACCCGCAGCAGCUGCCGGCGGGGUAUGCGUACCAGCAGAGCUCGCCCGCGACGGUGACGUCGGAGCUCGGGACGGUCCACAACGCGGCGGAGCUGGCGGGGCAGUUGCCGCACGAUCGGGCGGCCGAGUUGUCGCACAACACGUCGCCGAACCGGGAUGUGGAGAAUCAAAAAUUCAUGCCGUGAUAGUUGGGCGAUAUGUUUUUUUCUUGCUUCAUGUAUACAAUCUUUUGGAUACUUUUUUGUCUAUGUAUUUGUCUGGGUUCUUUUGCGAAUGUGGUGUCGGGAGUGAUGGAGUAAUGGAGUGAGUGACUGGCGGCUGUGACUGGCAGCUGUGACUGGCAGCUGUGACUAGCGUCUGUGGCUAGCUGCGUGCAACCCCUGGCUAGCUUGCACGGGAGGCUGCAGGGCAGCAAGGAAUAACGCUGCAAUGCAGGCGACCAAGCAAGUGCCAAGAACUGUCGAGAUGUCCUUGUCGAGAUGUCCCUGGUGCCAAGACCAAGUUCUCAGCAUCGGUCUGGGUCCAAAGCCUUGACAUGCAAAACGGACUCUGGAUUAACACAAAGCAUUUUAUAUAAAGCUUGUCUAGAAUUGUCUAAAUAAUUCGAGGCAAAACAAAAGAAAAAAACGAAAGUGUGCAGCUAACAGCCGAUUGUAC